CCGGCCCGGAUCGGCUCGGCUCGGCUCGGCCCAGAUCGGAUCUGCUCGGCUCCGCUCCGCGCGGCACGCACCGCCCCAGCCCCGCCGACCCCCGCCAUGGCGAAGGCGAUCCACAAGGGCUUGUUCUGCCCCAGCUUCGUGAAGAAGAACUCGCUGCUGCUGAGCACGGUGGCUGCCGUGCUGGCGGGUAUUGGAUUUGGCAUGCUUGUACGGGAAUAUGGCAAACUGUCUAACUUGGAUAAGUUCUACUUUGCAUUUCCCGGGGAAUUGCUGAUGAGAAUGCUCAAACUCAUCAUUCUGCCAUUAAUCAUAUCAAGUAUGAUCACAGGUGUUGCUGCUUUGGAUUCCAGCGUUUCUGGGAAGAUUGGUUUGCGAGCAGUUGUAUAUUAUCUCUGCACUACAGUCAUUGCUGUAAUACUAGGGAUUGUCCUUGUUGUGACCAUUAAACCUGGAGUGACUCAAAGAGCAAGUGAGAUUCACAGAGUGGGCAGUACUCCAGAAGUCAAUACUGUUGAUGCCAUGCUGGAUCUGAUCAGGAAUAUGUUCCCAGAGAACCUUGUUCAAGCCUGUUUCCAACAGUAUAAAACCAAACGUGAAGAAAUUAAAACUAAAACCGCUGUGGAUAAAAAUAGCUCUAUAUUUCGAGAAGAAUCCACUACAACAUCUACGACAGCAAAGGCUUCAGAGAACAAAACCCAGGAAUAUAAAAUCGUGGGGAUGUAUUCCAAUGGCAUCAAUGCGCUGGGGUUGAUUGUCUUUUGUCUUGUUUUUGGAAUGGUUAUUGGGAAAAUGGGAGAGAAAGGACAAGUGCUGAUGGAUUUCUUCAACGCACUGAACGAAGCUACAAUGAGAAUAGUGAAGAUAAUUAUGUGGUAUAUGCCAAUUGGUAUCCUUUUUUUAAUUGCUGGGAAGAUAAUAGAAGUUGAGGACUGGGAAAUCUUUCGUAAAUUGGGUCUUUAUAUGGCUACAGUAAUAAGUGGACUUGCAAUCCAUUCCAGUGUAAUUCUGCCACUUAUCUACUUUGUAAUAGUAAGGAAAAAUCCUUUUCGGUUUGCUAUGGGGAUGGCUCAGGCGCUCCUGACAGCCCUCAUGAUCUCUUCCAGUUCAGCAACUUUGCCUGUCACCUUCCGCUGUGCAGAAGAAAAAAACUUGGUUGACAAAAGAAUCACAAGGUUCGUUCUUCCAGUUGGAGCAACCAUCAACAUGGAUGGCACAGCUCUCUAUGAAGCAGUAGCAGCCAUAUUUAUUGCACAGCUGAAUGACUUAGAACUGGAUAUUGGCCAAAUAAUCACCAUUAGUGUCACAGCUACAGCAGCCAGCAUCGGGGCUGCAGGCGUGCCCCAAGCUGGACUUGUCACCAUGGUGAUUGUGCUGAGUGCCGUUGGCCUGCCUGCAGAGGAUGUUACUCUGAUCAUUGCAGUUGACUGGCUUCUGGAUCGAUUCAGAACAAUGGUGAAUGUCUUGGGAGACGCCUUUGGUACAGGAGUAGUGGAGAAGCUCUCAAAAAAGGAGCUGGAGCAGAUGGAUGUCACCUCUGAGGUCAACAUAGUCAAUCCUUUUGCCUUGGAAACAGGAAUACUUGAUAAUGAUGAAACACAGGCCAAGAAAUCUUACAUCAAUGGAGGCUUUGCAAUAGAUAAAUCUGACACCAUAUCCUUCACACAGACAUCCCAGUUCUAAAGCCAGUAGCUUUCAGAUCAAACAGGAGCACUAGGGGACAUGGCCAUAUGCAAUAUCUCAAAAAGCUUAAAGAAAAUUGAGAAUUAAUUACAUCUCACAUUUGAUUUAC